GUGAAUGAGCAACCCUAUAUGUGAAACUUCUGCUGAAUAAUUUUUGCUUCUCCACUCUAGUUUGGUUAGCAGGUCAUCCAAUAGGGGGAGCAGCCCAUCCUUAAGAAACAAUGGUCUUUAUGUUUAUUUGACUCGCCUUUGAGAUCUUAUCGGUCUUUAUUCCAAGUUAUCUCACAAUCUCUCUUUGAUUAUUCACUCUGCCAAGCAAUUAAAGAGAGAUUGUUUGCCGCCUCUUUAUGCCUUUUCCCCUUUUUAUUUGGGUUUCACAAUCUGAUACUUUUUUCCAUCGUUUGUGAUAUUGGGUCGAUGAGUAAUUAAUGCAUUUUCUGUUUUUUGGCUUUUGUUCUAUUGAUUGCAGGCCGCUUUUGGCUCUUCAGAUCGUACCCAGAUUUGUUUCCGUCUGAUCCUCUUGUUUCCUUCCAGAUCAUGGUAAUCAACCUUCAUACGAGGGGCCUUGCCAAGCUUCCAGGAAGUUCCAAAUUCAGAGGAGUAGAAUUUGAUCAUCAGAAAGGUGAUCUUAUGUUCGGUCAUUUUUUAUUUCACUGAUCCCCCUUAUAACCUCAAGGAAAAUGACAUCAAGAGGCAUACAUGGCAGAGCUUGUGGACUAUAUUUCCUCUGCCAAUGCAAAGUUUCCCGAGUCAUGCAAUAACUCGUCCGAAUGGUCUCUCCAAAUCUGUUUAGACCGCUACUUCUUCACCUCAUGAGAACAAAGCAUUGGAAGCAUUCAAUGUUGAACAGGAAGAGCCAUCGAUGGACCCCGCGUGAACCCACUUGCAAGUUGUGUAUGACUGUUAUUGAGGUUUGUGGCAUCACCUGAAACCUAUGCAAAACUAGCUAAACACUAAAUAACUUUUUUAUACUAAGGCUACUCGAUCUCUUUGAUUCAUAGGAACUGGGAGAGGGAGUAUUUUUUUUAUUUGCAAAGGGUCCUGCAUUGAAUCUAUGGCAAAUUGAAGGUGUCGGGUCCUUCAUUAGGAAGACGAUCAACAAUAUAUUUUACCGGUUCAUAUUUAAGACCGAGACACAUGAUGGGAUUACUGUGCUGCUGGUGAUUUUGGGGUGUAUCAUCAAUGGCUUUGCGCUGCUACUGAAGGAAGAGCACAAGUUAUUUCUAGUUCAAACUCUUGUUCUGUUGCAUAAAUUGAAGUGCUUGAUGAUGUAUCACCAGCAAUUCUCGUACUGCAUAACUCAGUUCACGGAGAAAGACUGCUAACUUGCUAAUACUUUGUGAUCAGGGGUUUGCUGAAGUAUUGGCCAGUGUCGAACAGUUUUGAAGAGGUGAUAUUCUUUAGUGAGCUGGAGGAAGUUCUGGAAGCUAUUCAGCCUGCAAAAUUUCAACGUUGCACAUGGUUCCUUGUAUGCCCAGAUUUAUUGGUGCCUGAUCAGUUCUCAUUUUCAGGUAUCUUAGUAGGUAGCCCCUUGAUAGUUGAACUGAAUUUUAUCGUUUAUAGUAACACUUGAAAUGGACAAAGUUGGUUUCUUCGUUUCACUUCCUUUCGUGAAUCAUCAACUGCUCAAGAUGGCGCAAAUACGAAUUUGGUUACAUGUAUCACAUUGGGGCGCAAAAGUAGGGGUCGAGACUACUAAAGCACCCAACCUUGUCCUGAUCAAUCCGCAUUUUCAUUUUUUUGUCAGUUUUUUUGCAGUUAUGUUGUAGGUAAGAUGGGAAACAGAAAUGUUCAUGGGGACAUAUCAGGGUGAGUUUGGUGCUUUGGUUGGCUCAAUCCCGAGUUUAGUGCCCGAUGUAAUACAUAUUGGUGAAUUCAAUGACCAAAUUUGUUCUAACCCGGCCCGUCCAAGAUCUCAGUUUGUGAACAUACUGGUGGGCGGUGGGCUGGUGGCUUAUUAUUACCAGCUGGGGCAGGUUUUAGAGCUAUUAUGCUCUCAACUGUGAGAAUUAGAAUUCUGGAGAAAGUGUAUAUCAUACGUUUCUUUAAGGCUUGAACACUAGCCUUCCACUUUAGCUGCAGUUUUACAGGUUUCUGAACUCCUUUGUAACCCUCGAAUUCAGCAGUAUCUCUCUCUUAGAAAACUAUCCUUGAUUUGCAGGUGGCAGAGAGGACUUUGUUGUUAUGGAACAACAAUCACGUCUAGAAUCCAAUCAAGCUGGACCGACAGAUAAAAUUACCCAUCAACUUCCCUUGGAGAGGAACGCCAGGCGCCAUUGGAUCCAGGCUGCGCAAAGCCUGACACUGAACGUUUGGAAGAUAUUCUCCGACGCUGAUCUGGAGCUAUCCGAUGCAUGCUUGUUCAAGUUCCAGGAGCACGAAUCUUGGGAAGGUGAGAUCUAGUCGAGACAGGAAGCCACCUGGAAGAGAUUGCCGACAUGAAAGCUUCAUCAAGCAACGAGCCAGUGUUGGCCUAUCCUAGAAGCUCAGCAAAGCUCAUGCCUUUACUAGGGACAACAAGAGGAGAUCAGGUGGAAAGUUUAUGUGUUGGUUCUCAUGAGUCGAGAUUUAGCAUGAUUUGGUUAGGAAGUUGGGAUAUCUUAGAUGAAUAAAGUAAUUAGUCGUGUUGAUGAACAAAAUUUUGUAGCGAUACUGAUACUACACUAUGAUAUGGAGAAUGGACUUAUCGGGGGGAAAAGGUAUGGAGAAUGGCCAACGGUAUGGAACUAUACAUUCAGUUCCCCAACCAUAAUCCUCCAUUGUUUUUGUUCCAUUAGAAAGCUCGGAAUAUUUUAUGCUCAACCUAAAGCACUCGGCAGUGGUGACCUGGCCUAGUCCACUGCACUAUCAAUUACUAUCAGCCAUUAGUUUAGGAAUUCACAACGAUUUCUUGAUGAAGAUGCCGUAUAACCUAGAGCACUCGGUUCUAUAUGUCAUGAUCAGAGGUAGGAAAAUGUUGAAAUACUGUUGAAUCAAGAUUUUAAUACGAAAUAUUGUAUAGCACUCGAUUCUAGAUACCAUAACCAAAGGUAGUAAAAUGUUGAACUAUGGUCGAACCACGAUUUUAAUACGAAAUAUCGUACCAUCGAAAUUUUAGAUAUAACUUUCGAUACGAUUUCACAAUCCUCCAAACAAUAUAAGGAGGUUCUCCUCCAAAACCCACUUCAUUCUAUUUUUUCUGGUCCGCGCGCAGAGUUAGGAAGGAGCAUAUGGUCUUUUUGGUUUUCUAUUUUUAAUUCAGAAAUAAGUUUCUUUUCUUUUUCGCGUAUCUAUAUUUCUGGGUCGCGAUGUUUUUUCCCCCUCAAAUGAUCCUUUGCUUUUUAUUUUGUAAAGGAUAUGAGUUUCAUUCUUGGUGGGGUUGAUUACAUGGCAACAUUAUUAAACAAUGCAAAAAGACCUUAACCCAAAAUCAACACAGCCAAAAACCAAAUAGGCGAGCUUGAAUACAAAUGACAAUAGCGCACUUCGGGCAGGUAUAUCGAUAUCCAUACUCGCCCCAUUACAGGUUGGGUAUUUUAUUUUUAGACGCGGAUCACGACAUGUCAACUCAUACGGGUAUGUAUUGUAACAGAAAAACACUUGAUAAAUUAAUUUUUGCAUUAAAAAUUGACAAAUAAACUAUAAAAUGAUAAGUGUAGUUAAAUUUUUCGAGAAAUUGAGGUUUUCAAUUAUUUAUGACUUUAUUAUAGCUAAAAUAUGAUGUAAUUAAAGUAAAAUUAUGUAAUUUCUGUAAAUUUACACAUAAUUUACACAAUAACGAAGAAUACGGUAGGUCAUAAUGGGUUAGGUCGAGCUUCAAUUAAUUUUGUUUGCAAAGAUGCCUCCGGGAACACCACAGUGGGCCUCGAAGGUGGUGGAACACAUGAUCUGUCACUUUCCGAGCGACCACAAGGAUUUCACCACUAAGCUAUGUGACCUUUGGCUAAAUUAUCAAUAUAAUUACUUAAAACAUGAAAUAGAAAUAUGCCAUUAAGGUAAAUAUCAGUUUGAAUCUAAUGAUUGAAUAAAGCUCCUAAUUCUUUUUCAUUGUAUUUACGCUAACUUGUAUUUUAUCCAAUACUAAGUUGACAAUUUAAAAAAUAUUUAAAUCGGGGAAGAACAAUACCAACUCUCUCUUAUGUAUUAUUAAAUGAAGGAAUAAAAUAUUUUCAAAAGAAAUGAAAUGAAGUUGAAAUUCCACAUCAAGUUUAGUGAGUACAACAUCGCAAAUUACAUAACUGAAUUAACAGUUUUGAACAUAAUCAAUGAUCUCCAAGAAAAUGUGUGAUUAGAAUGAGGUGAAUUAAUUUGUCAGGAAAAUAAUAUUUCAUAUAUGGUUAUGUUUCAUCUUUGAAUUUUUUUUCGCAAAACAUGUACAAAAAGAAGCGUCAGUUGAUGAUGGAAAUUAUUUACGGUAAAGAAGUGAUAACAAUCAUCUUGGAGUACGUAUAAUAUUGUAAUUAAAUUUAUUAUGAGUUGAGACACUUAGUACAAUGUAGUAAUAUAUAUCAUGGAUGCUCAUUUUUUAUUUUCUCUACAAUUGAAUAGUUUGACUUUUUGAAUGGUAAAAACUAAGAAACUAUCUUCAAACUUUUAUUGAUUAAUGUUAUCGUAUUGCAACCGGCCAACAGACCGGGGUACAAUCUAGUCCUUAUAAUUUAUAUUACAAAGCAUAGAUAAUACUUACAAUAUAAGGUAGGCUAAUUUUAUUGUCCCAUUUAUUGCUUCACGCCUCCUCUCCACCGCCACACCAACUUCUCUACGCCGCAUCGCAUUGUGGUUAGUGUUUGUUCUUACUAAUAUAUCUCUCACAUUUAGUUAUUUGCAUUCCACUACUCUUUCACUUGUCGUCCCUCUCUUCACUCUUCGUCUUCGCUGGCUCGCUGACAGGAGGAACGGUGAUUACUUUACUAGAGGGAUUUCCACUUCCCAGCCGUCGAUAUGUCAAGGUAUGUGGCCAUCGAGACGACAACGUCUAUCCGCCGGCCGGGUAUGACAACGGUGAUUACUUUACUAGAUCGACAUGCCCGACGUCAUCGUUUUGUUUUUUCAUCCUUUCUUUUUGUUGAUUUGAGUUGGUUACAAUGAAGUUUAAUGUAUGGUUGUCUGUAUUGUAGACUAGAUGUGUAUGGAAUCAAACAAGGAAUAACAGGAGAGGAUUGUUCAAGCGGAGAGAAACGACUUCAUUAUAUAGUCUGAUGAGGGGAAGAGCUUUAGAUGGUUUCUUGUAUUUGAUUGAGGUGUUUUAUUUGUAACGGAAGGGAAAACUAAUAUCUGGAUAUAUUAGGAGAGGCUUUAUUUGUAUUUCUGCAGUAAUUUAAAUCUAAACCCAUUUUGUAAAUGUAAACUGAUUGUACAUGUAUUUGAAUUGUUUUUUAUGCAGUGGUUUGUGCAUUCGAUUGUCUCAAUAAAAUUGGAUUUGAAUAAUUUUUUGGGCUAAUACCACUGGAAAUACCAUACUUUAGCGAAAGUGUCAUUUAUAUUAUAUAACUUUCGAUAUGACAAUUGUAUACCGACUGUUAAGUUUUCUGUUAGAAGUUAACAAAAAACACAAUCAUGGAUGACAUGGCAGAUGUGAAAAAAUUUAAUAAAAAAAUUGUAAAAAGCAAAAUAAAAAAAACAAAUGGAAAAAGGAAACUUUCUUAUCUCUCUUGAUCUCCCCUAUCUUCCCUAUCUCUCUCGAUUGGGAAUAAACUUCAAUCCCCACUGUCCCCUUCUCCCUGAGCGAAAUUUCAUCCUUCCCCUACUCCUUUGCCGGCGACGCUUCGAGAAUUGGAGGGAAAAGUGAGCGAAUCGAUUGAUGAGAUCGUGGAAUGAAAAUGGGGAUUUCUAGCUGGUGUAGGCUCGCAAAUCUCCGAUUCCACCACCCAGACAGAACUGCAAAUGGUUAGCGUCCCUUCCCCUACCACCUCGCAAAUCUCCAGCGUCCCUUCCCCUUUCAGCCGCUGCAAAGUGCAAAUCCCUAUCUUUUAUCUCAAUGACAUCGCGCUUCGGAUCUUGCCGGCGGAAAUUACGAUGGCGGUUCGAUUGCGAUUGGGUGGUGAGAUGGAGAAGGAGAUAUAAGUGGAGGAGAAGAGGGAUUUAGACUAGCUCUCUCGCGUCGCCCAGAUCCCGGCUUGCCUGUGCAAGUGGAAGAUCAGAAACGACCGCUAAUCGAGAAGGAAGAAGACGAGCUUCCUGCCUCCGUCGUCAGAGCGGCGUUGGUGAUCGACAGAAGAAGCAGAUGGGCAUAACGAUGGGGAGGCGAGAGAAAGAUUAUUUAGAAAAAAAGUAUUUUAAAAUAAAUUAAUAAUAUUUAUUUAUUUUUGAAAUAAAAUUAAUAUUUUUAAAAUAGUAAUUUCUUACGUGGCACAUAUGCGGGUGACACCUAAGCACCACAUAAGCAAUAGUCAAACAUAAGUUGACCACCGUCAGGUCAACCGUCAAUUCUAACGGUCAACAAAAAUUUGUGUAACACAAAUGACACAAACCCCUAAUACGUUGGAAUAUUUUUGUGUUUAUUGAAAGUACGUAAUAUAAAUGACACUUUCGC